AUGCAAGUAGCUAGUCGUACAAAUCGUCGCGACUGCGGUCAUCGUUAUAUCACACCCACAAUGAAAACAACAUCUGUAGAAAAUCAAUACAACAAGACACUAAAAAGUCGUUCAACUAAUCAACCACAAAAUAUAAGUACCAUACCCAUACCGAAGCAAUAUGUUUCACCGAAAAAAGAAAAGACGUCUGAUCGACGGGAGCCAACACUGAAAAAAUUGGUGGAUCGUUUUCGUUUUGAUGAACCACAAGGUCGCCCAGAAAGGCAAUCAGUUGUGUCAGAUUUUUGGUGGCUACACGAUGAAUUGAAAAACACUACAUAUUCUGAUACAGAAGAUGACCAGAUUAAUGAAAGAAAAACAGAUAUUCCAGAAAUGAUCGAAAUCUUUCCUUCGACUGAUAUCGACCAAGAUUUAAAUAAACGUGCAUCAUUGCUCUUACAACAAACAGUCAGUGCGCAAUCGGAUAUUGGAAAUGUUUCAAGUACAGGACUUGGCUCGACAACAUCAACAACAGUAAGCUCACAACCAACUGUUAUAUUUGAACAAGCAGCUCGACCGUUAUUUACUCGUGUACCAAUCGGUGAAACAAAAUUUGGACAUUUGGAUAUGAAUGAUAAUGGCGACGAUGAUAUACUUUAUCGUUGGCGAUUAAGGAGAAGAUUAGAACAAGCACAGAAAGGCGAACCGAUUACUUUUCCAACGAAGGUACCGAAUCGUUCAAUCCCCAGCCAUCAACAAGAACGAUCGUAUCUAUCGAUACCAACUACGAUAACACAACAGUCUCCACCACAAAUACCCUCUUUUCCUCCUGUUGCAACAGUAUCCGAUAAACCAUCUUGUUUAAAGGAAAAAUGUCAAAGUGAAAUAGUUAUAGUAAACAAAGCAGAAGCAUCAACACAAACGUUACAGGAUGCAUCUAUGCAAACAUCACCAACUCAAAAAGAGAAUAAUAGCUUGUUUACUACAAAUCUUAAUCAUUCCAUACUUCCAUCGAACGAUCUUGAUAUUCAUCCUACUCGCGAUACAACAGAAAUACAAUCAUCCUCUGUUUGGCAUCGGCCACCAUCAUCUCGUUCGAAUUUUCGUCCUCAGUCUCUACCAUAUUCUGUUGUUAACAUGUCGGUUCAAUCAUCGUCUUCAUAUUCAACAUCUCCUAUUAAAAAUCAUCAUCAAAAUUCGUCAAAUACAUUUAGUCCAGUUAUUAUUCAUUCCACACCUUCAACGUCAAGAACAGUAAAAUUUAUUGAUAAACCUCUAUCAAAACAAAAAUUACCCACAGUUUAUGAUGUUUCAUCGUCCCAGGAUAGUACAUUGACACAUGUCACAUCAAUUGUACAUGACAACACUAGAAAUAAUAAUACAACACGGCAAAGUAUCGGUAAUGAUAUUGAUGAAGAUGAUGAAAUUCAAUAUAUUCCAGAUGAAGAGAGUGAUGGUGAUGAAUUUUCCGAUGAUGAUAUGUUAAAUCUAUUAAGAAAAAAACGAAAUGAUUUAUUAAUAAAACUUCGUGAAAUUGAACAGUGUUUAGCAGUUCGACGAUGA